GUAUUUUUUUUUUUUUAAGAUGAUGCAUAGGUUUAUGGUUUGUCUUAUUUAUGCAGCUUACAACACUGUCCCCUUGCUCUCUCUCUGACUAUUGCUCCUGCACUCUCCCUCUUCUUGUCAUUCGUUGCUGCUGAUGGUUUUGCCAACAAAGCCAGUCAUUGCUGGCCCUGCUGCCAUGGCAACCAGGGAAUACUCACAGCCGCCAGAGGUGUGUGUGUGUGUGUGUGUGAGAGAGAGAGAGCAGAGAAAGCGGGAGAGUCCAGAGCUGUGAGAGACCACCACACAGAACACAACAACAGAAGUGGGUCUCACCUUCUAAUUCAAACAUUUCGACACUCUUCUAGCCUUCUAAGGUUUGAGUGUAUGAGAGGUGGUGUGUUAGACCCAGAGCAGACGGGGACAAAGACAGCAUCUGGUGAAAUGGCUUCUAGUGUGUCAGCAACUCUCCUCCUGCCUCCGGUCAAGAGCGUGAUGGUCUACAGGAACGGUGACUCCUACUCUGGCAGGAGGUUCGUGGUCAACCAUCGACAGGUGGCCACCAUGGAGGCAUUCCUCAAUGACAUGACCCACUGCAUCCAGGCUCUGCUAGCCGUGAGGACCCUGUACCCCCGUCAGGGACACCGGGUCAGGGAGCUGCAUGACCUCCAGACCGGGGCCAAGUACGUAGCUGCAGGCUUUGAGAGGUUCAAGAAGCUGGAAGUGAUACUAACAGGGCUUGCCUCCAUAGCCUCUGGACCUAAUAGCUUGCCAUUCCGGUUCAUCAUUCCCAGGACCUGGCAGCGAGACCUGGAUCAGAUCCUCGGUCUAAUCACAGAGAAGGCCAAUUUACGCACUGGAGCCGUGCGCAGGCUGUGCACUCUAGAGGGUGUGACCGUGUCCAGUGCAGAUGAGCUGGAGAGUGGCCAGUACUACGUGGCAGUGGGAGCAGAGAGGUUCAAUAAGCUUCCCUACGUGGAGCUGUUGGUUCCUAAAGCCACUGAGAGAAUUUACCCUGGAAUUAGAAGGCUGUCAAGGAGAUAUGAGGGCAGGAAGGCAGCCAGGGGCCCUGAGGACAGAUACAGUGACUCUGCUCUCUUGGACUCUCCAGAGUCGGACGGACGGAGGGUGAAGUCAACGGGGGACGAAGUAAGGAAGACGGCACUCCCAGCCAUCCAAAAGAGACCAAAGAAGGAGAUUUUGACCAAAGCUACGUGUAAGUAAGAAGUUAUGUGAAAAAGAUCCCCCUCCCUUCCCAAAAGACCCAGACAAGGUGUGUCUGGUCAAUGAACAUCACUAAUGACUUGGCAAAUCAUUCUCAACAUUGUUAC